CAUGAGGUCCUGCAGUCUGUACAUCAUACUGAGCCUGGCAGUCACAGUCCACUGUGUGCCUGCAUCACAGGUCACUGUGCAAGAUGAAGGUUAUGCAGAGAGCUACCUGAAGAGAUUCUUCAACCUAACAGAGGAGACUGGUCCAACUAUCAGACGGGGGGUCAGUCCGGUGACCAAGAAGCUGAGUGAGAUGCAGAGAUUCUUCGGUCUCAACAUCACCGGGACCCUGGAUACUGACACCAUGGCGAUGAUGAAGAAGCCCCGCUGUGGUGUUCCAGAUGGCAACAUUGCCCAUUUCUCCACGUUCGGAGGUAACAAGUGGGAGAGAAACAGCCUGACCUACAGGAUAGAAAACUACACACCUGACAUGUCUGUGUCAGAGGUAGAUGACUCCAUAGACAAAGCCCUGCAGGUUUGGGCCAAAGUCACUCCUCUGAGAUUCACAAGGAUCUACAGUGGCAUCGCUGACAUCAUGAUCUCCUUUGGACGCCGAUCACAUGGUGAUUUUUACCCCUUUGAUGGCCCUGAUGGCACUCUUGCCCAUGCCUUCGGCCCAGCACCUGGCCUUGGAGGAGAUGCUCAUUUUGACGAGGACGAGACCUUCACUUUUCGCUCAAACACCGGCUACGUCCUCUUCAUGGUGGCUGCCCAUGAGUUCGGCCACUCUCUUGGCUUGUCUCACUCUGAUGAUGCUGGUGCUCUCAUGUACCCCGUGUACUCAUACAGCAAUGCUGACACCUUUGUUCUGCCCCGGGAUGAUGUCAACGGCAUCCAGUCUCUCUAUGGUCCAAACCCUGACACGGAUCCCUCUGUAGUUGAACCUCAGCCCCCCACCACCCCUGAUGCCUGUGAUUCCACCCUGGUCUUGGAUGCUGUUGCCACCCUGCGAGGAGAGAUGCUCUUCUUCAAAGACAGAAUCUUCUGGCGGAGCUACCCUCAGAGCAAUACACCUCAGCAAAGUCUCAUCACAAACUUCUGGCCCAAUGCCCCCACCAACAUCGACGCUGCCUUUGAAAGCAAACACUCAGACAGAGUGUUUCUCUUUAAAGAACGGAGAGUGUGGGCUUUCAGUGGCUAUAAUCUAGUGCGUGGCUAUCCAAAAUCAAUUUCAAGAUUUGGUCUGCCCAAAAGUGUGAAGAAAAUCGAUGCAGCCCUUUUUGAUGUGGAAUCCCAAAAGACUCUGUUCUUUGUGGGCAGCGAUUACUACAGUUAUGAUGAGGCCAGAAAGACCAUGGACCAGGGAUUCCCCAAGCAAGUGGAUGAGACCUUCUCCGGCCUGACCAGCAAGGUGACUGCAGCUUUCCAGUACAGAGGUUUUACUUACAUCUACAGUGGACCCUACAUGUUUGAGUACAGCCUGAGGACGGGGAGAUUGUUCCGUGUGCUGAGGAACAGCUACUUCCUGCGCUGCACCAACUUCUAGAGCAGUUUACGAGCUAUAUUGUUUUUGUAGCCACUCUGAAUGAGAAUGAAGGCAACAUAGUUAAACUGUCCAUAAUAUGUGAUAAUAUAUCUUACAGUACAUAAUUAUAUUGUUACACACUUACGGGUAUAUACUUCCAGCACCUUAUAUGUUUUUUACAUUUUGUUACAGCAUUUUUGUGAUGUCAGCCAUUGUUUUUUAAAGUUAAUUUAACUCUAUUUUGUCUCAGAUUAUUUAUGUCAUAUUCAUAAUUAAAUUUUUGCUGUUGUUAUUUUUGUUUCUGUGUACAUUUUUUGUUUAAUAUAGUUUAAUUGUGGAACUUUGGAGCGUGUUGCCUAAAUGUAUGUAACAUUGUUACAAUUGCACAUCUGCACAGAUUUGUACACCACUGUGACAAAACACAUGAAUGUUUGUUUGCAAAUAUAUAAAACAGAACAAAUGUGACACAUUUAACAGAAUUUGGCACCAUGAUUAGCAAAUAAAAGUUGUUUAAAUACA